AUGACCUCUUCCAGCCCCGAUCUUCUCCAGCAGUGGUUUCCCCACAUGACGACUCCAUUCAUUGCGAAUGCACCUAUGCUGGGAUUUACCGACUGCCGCCUCGCGGGAGCCGUCACAAGGGGCGGAGGUCUCGGAUUUAUUGGCGGAGGCUUCGACUUCAGCCCCCAAUCAACACAGCUCGAAAGUCUAGAUGCGCACCUGGACAAAGCCCGUGCAGAGCUAGGAACAAUUGCUUCGACUCGAAAUCUGCCCAUCGGCAUCGGCUUCAUAACGUUCACGCCUGCCGGAUUCGAGGAAAAUGCCAUUCCCAUCCUGGUCAAACAUCGGGUUGCUGCUAUAUGGUUGGCAUUUCCCGAAGCCGAUGCGGAUCAUGUGCGUAUCAUCGAAGCCAUUCGCGGAGCACAGGAGAAGAGUGACUGGGACGUCAAGAUUUUUGUUCAGGUAGGAACAGUGCAGUCGGCCUUAAACGCAUUGGAACAGGGAGUGGAUGUCAUUGUUGUCCAGGGGACCGAUGCUGGCGGUCAUCAGUGGGCUCAAGGUGCUAGUAUCAUAUCGCUUUUGCCCGAAGUCAGAAAUGCCGUGGCCACACACCCUCGUGCAGAAAAGACGGCCAUCAUGGCCGCUGGUGGAGUUGUAGAUGGUCGAGGAUGUGUUGCUGCAUUAAGCCUCGGUGCGGAUGGAAUCGUGAUGGGCACCCGUUUUGUUGCAACAUCCGAAUGUCCGGCCCCCCCUUCCAUCAAAGAAUCGAUCAUUAGUGCCCGUGAUGGAGGGGUGUCGACUAUCAAGUCAGCUCGGCAUGACGUUUUUCAAUCCACCGAUAUCUUUCCCAGACAAUAUGACGGGCGGGCUGUCAUAGGAAUCAGCUAUCAUGAAUCCGAGGAUGGCGUAAGUGACGAAGAAGUCAUUAAACGGUAUAACGAAGCCAAAGAGAAAGGAGAAGACCAGAGACGAACUGUGUGGGCAGGCGCGAGUGUAGGAUCGAUUGAUAAAGUGGUUUCAAUCGAGGAACUGUUGAAAACAAUCCACCAGGAAGUGAAAUUGGCCGUAGCAAAGGUAAUGGAAAGGAUCUAA